AAAACCAUAAUCCGAAAAAAGAUCCAAAAUUUCCCUCCUUCCCAAAACCCCCAACAAGCUGACAUGGAUCAACAGAACUCCACCACCACUCCAACUCCCUCCGCCUCCCAACCAUCCAUUGAACCACCCCCAACCGCCCAAUCCCAGCCUCCACCUCAGCCUCAGCCACCGCCGUCCUCCUCCUUAACAACCACUCCAACCUCCACCCCAAGCCCCCCUUCCCCAAACCCUAACCCUAAACCCUCAACCCCAUUGCCCCCACAACCACUACAUCAACCGCAACCGCCACCCCAGUCCCUUCCACCCCCUUCGCAGCCCAGGCCUCCCUCCACAUUGACUCGUCCUCCUUGGCAGCAGCAGUCCCACUUCCACCAGUACCCUUCGCCUUCUUCUUCCGCUUCGUCUGGGCCUCCUCCGCCGCCUUCACCCUCUCAGCCUCCCCCACCGAGGGGUGGCAUUGCCAUUGGUGUUUCUGCGCAUCACACCGGCCCUUCUACUCCUCAACCCACUCCGUAUUCGUCUUCCUACGGGCAUCAUUUUGGUGGGAUGGGCCGUGGCGGCGUCUCUGUGCCCGAACCUGUAUCCAAUUCCAGUCCUUCCCAGGUGAGACCAUCAAUGCAAGGAAUGCAGGGAAUAGGGAUGAUGGGUUCACUCGGUUCUAGUUCUCAAAUGCGGCCAACUGGGAUUCCGGCACACCAUCCACAGAGACCAGUUCAAUCCUCUCUUAGACCACCAUCUACUGCGAGUAAUCAGUCCCCGUCUUCCCAAAAUUUCCAAGGGCACAGCCUUUUACGAGUUUCAUCAGUUGGAUCUGCUAGUUCAUCACCAAAUGCAUCUCAAGGUUUGCAGCCUCAUACUCAGCCAUGGUUGUCAUCUGGGCCACAAGGGAAGCCUCCUAUUCCUUCCCCUUCAUAUAGGCAGCAGAUGAACUCGCCAUCCAUGCAGCAAAGAUCACAUCUUCCGCAGCAACAGCAACAGUCUCAUCCCCAUCCUACAGCUUCACAGCAGCAGCACCAUCCAAUGCCUUCAGCUCCCCAGCAGCAGCACCAUCCCCUGCCUUCUGCUUCACAGCAGCAGCACCAUUCCCUGCCUUCUGCUUCACCACAACAACCCCUGCCUUCAGCUUCACAGCAACAGCAUACAUCAUCUGUGCAACAAGUUCAGCAAUCAAGGGUCCCACAAACCACGCCUCGUCAGCAACAGAUCACAAGGGUUCAGGGCCCUGUGAAUCCUAAGUCUUCCACUCUUGUAGCUGCACAGCCUAACACAGUCCAAUCAGGGGCCCAAAAUAAAACUCUUAGUCCAGAAAUAGAUGAAUCUUGUAAUAGGAUUCUUGGCAAAAGAAGCAUCCGUGAGCUAGUCAACCAGAUUGAUCCAUCUGAGAUGUUGGAUCCAGAAGUUGAAGAAAUUCUCAUGGACAUUGCAGAUGAAUUUGUUGAUUCUAUUACAACAUUUAGUUGCUCACUAGCCAAGCAUAGAAAAUCAACUCAAUUAGAAGCAAAAGACAUACUUCUACAUAUUGAAAAGAAUUGGAAUAUAACUCUGCCUGGGUUCGGUGGUGAUGAGAUUAAAGGCUUCAGAAAACCACUUACAAAUGAUAUCCACAAGGAGCGUCUUGCUGUGAUAAAGAAGUCCAUAGUAGCAACUGAGACAGCAAAUGCUAGGAAUCCCACUGGACAAGCUGCUGGAAAUGCAAAGGGUAGUCUUGUUAAGACACCUGCCAACAUCAUAAGCUCCCUAAACUCUAAAAUGCGUGAAGUUACAUAACGACAUUAACUGUUAUGAGCAGAUUUUAUACUACAAAGGUAUCUGGCAUCGCAUACCUGGUGCAGGGGCCAAAUUUUGCUGUAAAAUUUCUUGAUCUGACGGUAGAAUGAGGAGAAUCCUAGCAGCCGAAGUCUUCCUGGAGGUAAGGAACCAUAACUCUUCCCUGGGGUAACAUUGAAAGUACGAAGUUCUACUUCCACAAAUUGAUUGAUCCCCGAACUUUUCGGAUCACCAUUAAACCAGUUGUGUAUAUGGAAUAACUCAAAUUUGUCACUUGGAGUGCAUAUUGGCAAGUUCAUAGUUUUGUAUUCUUCUUAUCAUCCAUCUUUACCGAUAUAGUAAAAAUUUAGAUCGAAAUCUCAUUCCAUUAAAACCAACGAAAUCCAAAUUCAUAUUUUUUAA